AUGAAGUUUCUUAUCCCUAUUGCUGUUCUCGCCAUUGGGGCCAAUGCCCUUUAUGUCAAUUCUGGCGCGCCAGAGUCGUCAGAGCGCCUGGUACUCCGUGCAGCAAACUUUUCUACCUGCCGUACCGAACUUACCGAUGGGUUCGAAUUCCCUCAUCUGAUCAUGCCGGUGAGCUCGGCGGCGCCUGACACUGUCUUUGGCCGAUCGUUCGACGGCGAGGUCUCGGACACGGUCUCAUCGCUCUUCAACUUCGACAUCCCGCCUGGAGGCAACCUCAAGGCCUGCUCGUUGAUCUUCCACUUCCCCAGCACACAGAAGCAGCCACCGCAGUACUAUACCUUCCGAGGGGAUGGUCGAGUUCGAUUUGGCAAACUAGAAGCCCCGGCUACCCUGUCUACCUCGUUCAAGAACACCCCAAGAAUGCGGGAAGAUUACGGCGUGUUUAAGCUGCAGCCGGGUCACACGUAUACCAUUGCGAAUUUUGAGUGUCCCAUGGGGGAAAAGAUUGGGUUUCAAAUGUCCAAUUCAGGCUCGACGACCCUGAAAUAUUUCCAGAAUUAUGGAGGCGCUCCGUUUGGGCUGUUCAUCACACGUUGUACUGGGCAGUAA